AACUGAUUGCUCUUUGCGCUCUAGUUACCCAAGCCUUUGCCAAAUGCGAUAACAUUCGUUUCUCCAUACAGUGCGACUUUCCAUAAACGUUGCCAUGGCUUUCUCUUUUGGCGCCGCUGCACCAGCAGCCACACCUUUUACGGGUGGCUUAUUCGGAGCACCUGCUGCCAGUUCAGCAUCUGCUUUUGGCGCCAGCACUGCUCCAGCGUUUGGGGCUUCCUCCGCAGCAGCUUUUGGAACUAGCACAGCACCAGCAUUUGGUGCUCCUUCUGCUACUACUACUACACCUGCUUUUGGCGCGGCGCCCGCAGCCGCGUCACCAUUUGGAGCACCAGCUCCUGCAGCAGCAAGUCCUUUUGGCGGAACCGGCACAACUUUCGGAUCCACAAAUAUUUUCGGGCAGGCGGCGCCAGCUCCGGCAGUAUCAAAUGCGUUGGUCCCUUCUGGUGGGCUUUUUGGCGCGCAGCCGCAGCAGCAACCUGCGGCCCAGGCUCGGCCGGGGUUGAAUUACAAAACCAAGUUUGAGGAGUUGCCUCCCCAAAUGCAGCAAGAGCUGCAGAAAAUGCAGCAAGAGAUCAGCUCGUACCGGGACGAGUGUAAGGCCCUAGACAACGACUCGCGGCUCCAUGACAACGUCAGCAUAAAGCAGAGCCUGGACUCCGAGACUGCUGCGCUGCGUCAGACCAUGCAGAGCCUCUACCAGGCGGUGCUGGGGGAGGAGGAGGGGCUGCUGGCUUUCCGGGAGCGUGUCAUGGUGUUACUUCGGAGCACGGAGAUGGCGAUCCGCCUCUACCAGCGGUCCAAGCUGUGGCGGGAGAUGUCUCAGGCGGCAGGCAGCCAAGCCGCCCAGCAGCAGCAGCAGCAGCUGCUGUCCUCGCAGGCGCUGCAGGAGCAGAUCAGCCAGCCGGCGGUGCUGCCCAACCCCUACGUGGGGCUGGCGGUGAGGGGGUUCGGGGACGCGAUGGAGCAGUACCACAAGUGUAUAUCCGAGUUGGAGCGGGUGAUGCCCGCUGCUGCGAUGUACGGCGGUGCCGGCGGCGGUGCUGACGAGGCCGCUGCGGUGUGCUCGCUGCCCACCCUGGUGGCGCAUAUGCACGACUACUUCGUGCACGUGGCGGCGAGGCUGGAGAGGCUGCAUGGGGAGGUGACUCGCUCCCGGGAGGCCUGUCUGGCUCAGCUCCGAGCGCGGGGGGACUACUCGGACCCCUUCGCAGACGCCCGGGUGCUGCACCACCUGCCACCCGCCAGCAGCAGCGCUGGCGGCAGGCUGGGACCCAUGGGUCGCUUGCCGGCCGCGGACUUUUACAGCUUUGGCGGGCCGGCGGUCAGUGGAAGCAGCGGCAACCCCGGGGGCGCCGGCGGGGGUGCGCUGCUUGCACUGGGGGCGUCGAGUGGGGUGACGGGAGGCGGUGGCGGGGGUGCGGCGGGGGGUAGCUCGGUGCCCGCCUCCCCGGCUCCGGCUGCCUCGGGUUUGGGCGCGGCGGCGGCGACCAGCGGGACACCCGCGCCUGCCGGGGGCGGCCUGUUUGGCCUCUCCCCGGCCCCCUUUGGCGGCGCCGCCAGCCCCUUCGGCAACCCCGCGGGGGCAGGCGGCACCUCGCUGUUCGGCAACCCGGGGGGCGCCUUUGGGACGCCGCUGGGGGGUGCGGCGGCGGCACAGCAGCAGCAGCAGCGGGCGGGGGCGGCACGGGCGGGCAGCAGCAGCAGCAAGAAGCGGUAGUAGUCGUGGCAGCAGCAGCGGAGAGCAGCAGCAGCUAGGGGUGGAUGUGUGGGCGCUGUGGCGGCAGCGGCUGUAUAGCAACUGCGGCUGAUGAGGUGGGGUGCGGUGGAAGGAUGCUAGCGAGGGUUGUAGUGUUGUAGACACUUUGGGGUCAUUGACACACGUCUGGAAGUGCUCCCUGUAGGGAGGAGGUCUUGCGAGGGGCACCUUGUCAGGCAGCGGUUGUGGUGGCAGCAGUGGGACUGCAGGGGGGCGGAAGCGCAGAGGCAUUGGGGUUGAGGUAAGGUGGAUGCAAGUGCCUGGAAGAUUUGGGUGAAGGGGAUAGGGGGUAGGGUUUGGAAGUGGGCAGCAGCUGGUGAGGUACGAGGGGAAGCUAGAUGUAAAGAAGCCCGAGGAAUGUAUGGGGCGGAUAUGGAUACAUUGUAAGGUAUGGCUACGUAUGUCCCAUUCGCACCUGUUGACCUAGACCUUAAGGCAAUUAGCUGCUGCGGUGGCCGUACAUACGGUCACAACGGCAACCGCGGCAAACCGGCGAUGUUUGGGUAAAAAUCAACUGCAAGGUUUUUUAUUCGUAUACAGUGUAGAAUGGUGCCUGACCUCCAGUAUUAAGAAUAGCCUCGCAUUAACAGUGACCUUUGCAUACGCUCCUUCGUCCGACCUACCGCCCAACUUCACGCUUUUUGUAGGCGUGCGAACUGCAAUGUCAAAGCAUGAAGACCCGAUCCAAAGAUUCAUGAGCACAAGCGACCUAGAGGGACUUCGAAAGCCACUUGUAUUCCCGAAGUCGAGCAGCUUUGUCAACUACCAGCGCAAGUCCAACUCCAAAUGGUACAUAUGGAUAGGAUGUGCACCAUGUUAUGCCCCAAAGGCGGUGUUUAGCCCCGAGGAGCUCCUUGACCAUUUUGCCCUCGAGCUGCGGCAAGAAACUAUAGUCGCGACCUUCCCAGUCAACUGGUUCUGCUCUGUCAACGAUGAGACAUGCACAGUGUUUCUGGACAACAUCGUCAACGUGACGCUCAUAGAAAACAAACAUCUUGCAUCGUUUGGGCUUAAGCAGCUGCAAGUGUGGACCUUCGAUGACACGCAGCAGACGGGCGCCUCCCUAACCGCCUCCUGGCUAGCAAACCCGGAGCAGGCUCGCGACGCCAUCCUCCUUGCGGUCAACCUCCGGAAGGCCGCCACAGGCCGGGUGCCGCUGCAGUUCACCACCUCCCAGGAGCUGGCAGCCCUGAGGGCGGUGGCGGCGAUGGGCGGCAGCAGUCGGGGAGGGGAGCAGCAACCAGCAGCUGACACCGCAACCGCGACCGCCGUCAUCACGAGGGUAUGAACAGUUGAACAUUUGUGGGGACCGAGGUCAUACGGGUGCGCCGGGGUCUCGGUUUGCUGCGUUCGAUGCAUACAUGUACUUUUAGCUGUAUCUGUUGGCAGUUGCGGUUGUGGCAGGGUUGGGUUUUAUCGGAGGUGAUCUCGGCGCAUGACGAGGGUGCCUGUGUGUUCAUGAUGUCAGCUCACCAUCGUGCCAUGCUGUUGCAUGGCAAGGGGAUUCAAGAUAAGGGACGCCGUACAACAACUAAUGUAUGUACGGGAAAAAGGCGUUGGGUAUUCGGUGUACCGUACAUGGGUUGUGCGGUUGUGGGAUUAAUGCGGACUGUACGUAAUUGAGCAUUGGCAUGUUAUCUAGAUGGGGUAUGGAGGUAUCAUGCAUUGCAGGCGGGGCGGGGAGAGGUUCCCAGCCGGUGGCAUUAAGAAGGGCCUCUGUGAGGAGACGGGGGUUGUAGAUAGACGCAGGGACGUUGCGGUGCAGUAUUGCAUUAUAGUGAUGGGUGCAAGGCUGGGGUAUGUCAUCCCCGGCGGGGCACCCCUUGAGAUUUGCUUUGGAGGGUACAUGGCAGUGAUAGGGCACGGCAGGUGUUUCAUUGUAUGCAUGCAUACCGGUACGUAGCGGGAGAAAUGCAGGAGAAACACGGGUGUGUCUUUGUGGCUGGGAGCUUGUAUGUUGUAUGUAUUGAGGGCCUAAGGCUUUCAGCAACUAUUGGGGGCAACAGCAUGUGCCAGGCGAGGAGGCUGGAAGGAUGCGGGGAGUGGCUUGCUCCUUUCCUUACGUUGCCUACUGCCCCAGCACCCGUUGUGACACGGUAGCGGGCCCAUUUGAGAGGCAUGUGUGCAGUGCCUGUUCGGGACAUGUGCCGUACUCAGCCGCUGUGCGCUGCUGUCGUACGGUCCUAAUGUGGGCCCUCCGCGGUUGCAUGGCUGGCCGCUGUGGCCGCGGAGGAGGGCGUUGUGUAUCGGCUCCUUCAUGUACCACCUUCGGAUGGCUGCCGUCCAGUCCCCCAUGUUGCAGCUGCAGUGCCAUUUCAUUACGUCCUAGGAUAUGAGAACGCUGGGCGCUGGAAGGCUGCACCCCAUGCGCCGUGUGCCUACCUUCACACAGACUCCUGGGCGGCGGCUCGACACGGCAGGUCCCCAUGCGCCAUGCAACUGCCUUGCUGCAUCAUUGGGUUCAUUGCACACGACGUGAUCCCGCACACUCGGAGAGCGCAUGAUGAGUGGAGGAUGGGCCUCAUGUGUGACGCAGGCGAGUGUGGCUUUUGCCACUGUGUGCUGUCUUGUAGGGCUGUGCUGCAGGGUGACACUCGAGUGGGUGACAUUCGAGGUAUCGUGCCACUUGUACGUACUUGGGCUACAGGUGCAGUGGGCGAAGCCUUUGGGGGUGUGGUCGAUGGAUUCCGGUAGGCUGUCUUCUGGGGAUGUCACAUGAGAGCGGUUGCAGGGAGCGGAAACUGUGAAGUUACUGAGCGG